CCCGGCCCCCUCCUCCUGUCUGGCCUCCGGGGUGUCCGGAGGAAGGGAGAGAGGAAGGGGCGUCUCCCCCACGACCCCUCCAGGGGCCAGCAGCUCCAGUCGGGCCUCAUUGAUGCAACCGUUUCAGUGGUGUAACGGGUGUUUCUGUGGUCUGGGACUAGUUCAUGCCAACAGGUCGUGUGCGAUGCCUCCCAUCAGCUUCCAGGAUCUCCCACUCAACAUCUACAUGGUCAUCUUCGGCACCGGCAUCUUCGUCUUCGUGCUCAGCCUCAUCUUCUGUUGCUACUUCAUCAGCAAACUUCGCCAUCAGGCCCAGAGCGAGCGGUACGGAUACAAAGAGGUUGUUCUCAAAGGAGAUGCCAAGAAGCUCCAUUUAUACGGGCAGACCUGUGCCGUCUGCCUGGAGGACUUCAAGGGAAAAGACGAGCUGGGCGUGCUGCCGUGCCAACAUGCUUUCCACCGGAAGUGUCUGGUGAAGUGGCUGGAAGUCCGCUCCGUGUGUCCCAUGUGCAACAAGCCAAUCGCCGGCCCUCCCGAACCCACUCAGAGUAUGGGGACCCUGUUGGAUGAGCUGGUCUGAGCCGCCCCCUCCCCCCCAGGACACAGAGGGCCGGGGGCGCGGAGACCCUGACUCCUCUUGCCCCCCCCGGGGGAAGCAGCGUGGCUCAGUGGCAAGAGCCAGGGCUUGGGAGUCGCAGGUCAUGGGUUCGAAU